AGAUCCAGCAAUCGAUUUACAAAAUUAAUAUUAUCAUAUUGUCUUUAAAUUCCGAUUGCAUCGAGAGUUUAAAAAAAUGUCCGAAACAGCGAAGAAAGUUGUUCUAGCUUAUAGCGGUGGUUUGGACACAUCAUGCAUAUUAUUAUGGUUGAAAGAAAAGGGAUAUCAAGUUAUAGCUUAUAUGGCAAACAUUGGACAAGAAGAAGAUUUUGACGCCGCUAGAAAAAAAGCGUUAAAAAUUGGUGCUACGAAGGUAGUAAUAGAAAAUCUUAGAGAAGUUUUUCUAUCAUCAUUUGUAUGGCCAGCCAUUGCAUGCGGACUUAUUUACGAAGAUAGAUAUCUUUUGGGUACGGCAAUCGCUCGGCCAUGCAUCAGCGAAGGUCUUAUAAGACUUGCAAGAGAUGAAAAUGCAUGUAUAAUCGCUCAUGGUGCGACAGGAAAAGGUAAUGAUCAAGUUCGUUUUGAGCUGAACUGUUACAGCCUUUAUCCAGAUAUCCAGAUACUCGCACCUUGGAGGGAGAAAGAAUUUUACACAAGAUUUUCAGGAAGAUCGGAUUUGUUGAAGUAUGCACAACAGAACGAUAUUCCUAUUUCAAUAACACCAAAAGAACCAUGGAGUACCGAUGCGAAUCUAUUACACGUUAGUUAUGAAUCGGGUAUUUUGGAAAAUCCAAAUGCAUUAGCCCCGAAACAAAUAUAUAGAAUGACAUGUGAUCCAUUGUGUUCUCCAAUGGAACCGGAAGAGAUUGAAAUCAAUUUUGAGCAAGGAUAUCCGUCGUCCGUCAAACAAUUAAAAAAUAAUGAAACGUUUCUCACUCCGCUUAAAAUAAUGCAAUAUUUAAAUGAAAUUGGUAAUCUACAUGGUAUAGGACGUAUCGACAUUGUCGAGAAUCGUUUUAUUGGUUUGAAAUCUAGAGGAAUUUACGAAUCGCCGGGAGCAACGAUUCUAUAUAAAGCACAUCAAGAUUUAGAGAUUUUUAUAUUAGAUCGUGAGGUUUUAAGAGUAAAAUCUUAUUUGGCUAACAAAAUGUCCGAUUAUGUCUAUAAUGGUUUCUGGUUUUCUCCCGAAUUUGAUUUCGUACGGAAUAGCAUAUUAUAUUCUCAAAAAUACGUAAAUGGGACAGUUCGAUUGCAAUUGUAUAAGGGAAAUGUAUCUGUACUUAGUCGACAUAGCAAAACUUCUUUAUACAAUCAAAAUUUAGUUUCAAUGGAUGUACAAGGAGAUUUCGAACCGAAAGACGUGGGUGGUUUCAUUCGGACACAAGCUUACAGAUUGAAAGAAUUUAAUCGCUUCAAAAAACAAUGUGAUAUCUAAAUUCAUUUAUUAACAUUAUAAUAUAUAAUAAAUUAUAAUAUAUUAAAAUGUAUUAAAAUAUAUAAU